AUGUCAGCAGCUUCGAGUCCGUUUCCAAUCGCUAUGAUGCAGCAACAAAACGACCCCUAUUUCUGGGGUAAUCGCUCCUUUUCAACUCAGCCUCCAACGAGCAAUUUCAAUCACCAGCUUCCAUCGCAAUCCCCCUAUACGUCCACUGCAUUUCCUCCAGAUUACCAAAUGCCACCAGGCGGGCCCGCAUAUGCAAAUCCUCACCCACCGCAACAAUCUUCACCGUACCUACCAGUAGCUUCGGAGGGUAUUCCGCGCCCGAUUCAUGGCCAGAGGUAA